CCACGGCUCCACAGGCUCCUGGUGUUGAGUCUAAAUCACUCAUCAUUUGUGAAAGCUGAGCUCACAGCAGAAUAAGCCACCAUGAGGCUGUCGGUGUGUCUCCUGCUGGUCACGCUGGCUCUUUGCUGCUACCGUGCAAAUGCAGUGGUCUGCCAAGCUCUUGGUUCUGAAAUCGCAGGCUUCUUAUUAGCUGGAAAACCUGUGUUCAAGAUCCAACUUGCCAAAUUUAAGGCACCUCUGGAAGCUGUUACAGCAAAGAUGGAAGUGAAGAAAUGCGUGGAUCUGAUGGCCUAUGAGAACAGAGUGCUAAUUACAAAGACACUGGGGAAAAUAGCAGAGAAAUGUGAUCGCUGAGAUGUAAAAACUUUUUCAUGCUUGUUUCUACCAUCUUUCAAUGAUAUCCUAAUCUUCACUGCAGAAUGUAAAGGUUUCAACGUCUUGCUCUAAUAAAUCACUUGCCCAGAACGUC